AACAAAUCUUCACUACUCAUAUAAAUACCAACUUUACCAACCAUUUUUAGGGCUUCGUUUUUGUUGUGUAGAACUGCAGAAAAACAAAACUCGACAUACACUUUUUUGUUGUAAAAAAGAGAAAAAAAAAUGUAUCUGCAAUUUUACAUCAAUGACAAUGGUGACAAAGUCUACACUACCAAGAAGGAAUCCCCUCUUGGCAAAGCAACACAAUCAGCUCAUCCAGCUCGUUUCUCCCCUGACGACAAAUAUUCGAGGCAGAGAUUCCUGUUGAAGAAGCGAUUCGGACUGCUGCCCACCCAACAACCACCCCAGAAGUACUGAGAAUGGAAAACUUGCCCCGUAUGUGCCAAACUUACUAGUGUCGGGGAGCAUUAGGUAGUGCUAGUUGAUUUGGUGUAAUAUAGAAAUGGAAUUUGCUCUAGCUUUUUUCUCGUUUGUGGUGUUAAAUUGCAGAUGUGCAUUAAGAUGUAGACUUUUUAAGGAUGUAUUGUUGACAGUGAGUUUUUUCUAAUAUUGCGAGUUUUAUUUUCUAUUGA